UUGCUUUCUUUAAAGCGUUCAGCAUGUUGGCAGUGAAGCUGCUCCUGUGCUACCUGCUGCUCAAAGAAGUCCAGCCACUGUCGGGAAACUUCUGGCACAUCACAGAUCUGCACUGGGAUCCAACGUACACACUGACCAAUGCUCCUGAACUUGUAUGUGCAUCGAGUGGUAAACGACCUGCACCCAACGCAGGACAGUUUGGAGACUAUGAAUGUGACUCACCUUGGCACCUCAUCAACUCUUCUGUCUAUGCAAUGAAAGAUAUUCUACCUGACCCAGACUUCAUCGUGUGGACAGGAGAUGACACCCCACAUGUACCCAAUGAGGACUUAGGGGAAGAUGCCGUACUGGACAUUAUCAGCAACCUCACACACGUCAUCAAACACGUCUUUCCACGCACUAAAGUGUACUCUGCCCUGGGAAACCACGAUUACCACCCGAAGAACCAGCUGCCUGCAGGCCCCAACAUCAUCUACAGCCAAACAGCCCAAAUGUGGAAGGACUGGUUGGAGCUUCCGUCCCAGGAGACAUUUAAAAAAGGUGGGUAUUACACAGAGAGGCUGCUGGGUCAACCCGGUCUCAGGAUGCUGGUCCUCAACACGAACCUCUAUUAUGACCAAAACAAGUUGAACGUGGGCUUGGACGAUCCAGCGAGCCAGUUUAGCUGGGCCGACCAUGUUCUCACAGAGGCUGCUAAAAACAAGGAGAAGGUCUACAUAAUUGGCCAUGUCCCUCCAGGGUUCUUUGAGAAGAAGAGGAGUAAGCCGUGGUUUGUGCCUAAAUUCAACCAGAAAUACGUGGAUUUAAUUCAGAGGCAUCAUUCCGUCAUCCUCGGGCAGUUCUUUGGCCAUCACCAUACUGACAGUUUUCGCAUGUUCUACAGUUCAGAGGGCUCUCCUAUCAGUACGAUGUUCCUCAGCCCAGGGGUCACCCCGUGGAAAACGACACUUCCUGGAGUGGUGGAUGGAGCAAACAAUCCUGGGAUUCGUGUCUUUGAAUAUGACACAAAAACACUUCUAGUCAAAGAUGUGGUGACAUAUUACCUGAAUCUGACGUACGCUAAUAUGGCCCGAGGGCGCUGGGAGAAGGAGUAUCGCCUCACAGAGAGCUACAGAGUACCAGACGCCUCCCCGGCUUCCAUGCACCAGGUCCUGGAGCGCAUCGCUGAAGACCAUUGCUACUUACAGAAAUACUACGAGUACAACUCUGUCAGCUAUGACCUGUCAGAGUGCGACAGUGACUGCCGUGUUGACCAUGUGUGUGCAGCCAGAGAGGUAGACUACACCAGGUAUGAGCACUGCCUGGCAAAAGAAGGGGCAGCUGCCAUUUAUGGUGGGUUUCUGCCAGUCCUCUCUGUGGUGCUUAGUCUGGUGUUGUCCAGUCGAUAAUCCUCAUCCA